UCCUCUCGUAGCACUUGUUCUACGUUCCUCCGUCGACAUGCGUUUCUCGACUGCCACCGUCCUUGCUGCUCUGCCCUUCCUGGUUGCUGCCGCCCCUACGGCGCCCAAGGUUGGCACCAAGAUUCCCCUCCAAAGACGGUCUGGCUUGGUCAACCCCGACGGUACGGCGAACGCUCAGGCCCUAAAGAACCACUUAGCCUAUGCUACUGGUAAAAUUGCGAAAGGUUUCGCGACCUACGAAAGGAACACCGGUUCGGCACACCCGCUAGCUGCUAAGAAGGCCAGCAAACGGGACACCGGGAGCGACUCCCUCACCGAUGAUGCUGAGCAGCUGUGGUACGGCAGCAUCUCCGUCGGUACCCCUGCCAAGGAGUUCACUGUGGACUUCGACACGGGUAGCAGUGACUUGUUCCUGCCGGGCCCUGACUGCUCGGAGAACUGCUCGGGACACAAGACAUACGACCCCGACUCAAGUUCCACCUCGUCCGACCGUAACAAGGACUUCUCUCUGCAAUACGGGGACGGUUCCACCGUCUCUGGCGAGCAGUACACCGACACAGUGACCAUUGCAGGUCUCACUGCCAAGAAGCAGGCUUUGGGAGCGGCCGACCAGUACUCUACUGGGUUCGCCUCUGACAACUUCCCAGCGGACGGCUUGUUGGGCAUGGCCUUCAAGUCCAUCUCGGAGUACAACGCCAACCCCUUCUUCCAGACGCUCGUCGCCGACGGCGUGACGUCGGAUCCCGUCUUCGCGUUCAAGCUGUCCAAGUCCGGCGCCGAGCUCGACCUCGGUGGGACCGACUCCAGCAAGUACUCGGGCGACUUCACGUACGCCCCGGUCACUCAGGAGGGGUACUGGCAGGUCGACCUUGAUGCCGUGAGCGUCGGCGGCAAGAAGGCCGUUACUGGCCUCUCCUCCAUCAUCGACACUGGCACCACUCUUAUCGUCGGCGACUCUGAUAACGUUGCCCAGCUUUACGACGCCAUCGAUGGUGCCCAGGAUGCUUCCGAGACCAUCGGACAGGGAUACUACACUGUUCCCUGCGAUUCUAUCCCCACUCUCAGCCUCACGUUCGCUGGCAAGUCAUUCGACGUCUCGCCAGACACUUUCAGCUUGGGUGCCGUACAGGAGGGCUCGUCUGACUGUGUCGGCGGUGUCGCUGCUCAGGAUGGUCUUGGUGACUUCUGGAUUGUCGGCGACGUCUUCUUGCAGAACGUUUACACCGCGUUCGACGUCGGCAACAGCCAGGUCGGAUUCGCUGAGUUGGCUUAAACGCAUAGAAUCAAAGGGUAGUAAUGUAACCUUAUUUGUAGCUAUAAAUUAUCGACCCUCCGGCUGCUGCUGCUUGUA